CAGGCAUCGGGCCCCCAGGCAGAGCGGCGGGCGCUGGACCCCCAGGCGGAGCGACAGGCAUCGGCCCCCAGGCGGAGCGGCGGGCGCCGGACCCCCAGGCGGAGCGACAGGUCUCGGGCCCCCAGGCGGAGCGGCGGGCGCCGGACCCCCAGGCGGAGCGACAGGUCUCGGGCCCCCAGGCGGAGCGGCGGGCACCGAGUCACCAGGCACAACAGUGGGCUCCGAGUCAACUGGCAUGACCGCUGGCACUGGGUCAGACAUUGGAUCAUCUGGCUGGACAGCGGGCAUCGGGUCACCAGGCAUCAGGUCAUUUGGCUCGACAGCGGGCACCGCGUCAUCUGGCAAGGCAGUGGGCUCCGAGUCAACUGGCAUGACCGCGGGCACUGGGUCAGACAUUGGAUCGUCUGGCUGGACAGCGGGCAUCGGGUCACCAGGCAUCAGGUCAUUUGGCUCGAC